UGGCGGAUACAGGGGACCGACACUCAGUAAUCAGAGGUAGAGGUUUCUGUAACCGAAGGUAAUAGGAGAAAGGGCGGGAGAAGGGGAAAACGAGGAUCAAUCGGUUUCUUUAGGAAAGGGAAGAGAGUAUUUAGGAGAACGAGCAGGAGGUAAGGUUGUUAUAUUCGCUAAGCCGGUGACUCUCGCAUGUCUUAAGUUUACAAUGAAGAAUCCUGUGGGCCUGGGAGGCCGAGUGCGGCGCUUUGGGGACCGCGGGCCAGGAGUUUCACGCGGUGUUCGCUUUCCGAAAUAAAACAGAGAUUUUUUGGUCCUUCGAAGACUUUUAUGAGAUUCCGCGUGGGGGCCGAGGCGAGGACUUUAGCCCCGAACCUCUGCUUGGGAGGGCGGGAGUUCGGGAACGGUGGCACCCGGGCAAUAACCAGCCCCCUCAAGCGAGGGGAGAGCCCCAGUGGCCCCUGUCCGGCCCCACCGCUGCGAAACUGCCCCACCGCGCCGGGCGGAGUCGACUUCUAGCCUACGACCCCCACCCCGCACACCGCCCCUCCGCCGCGCGGCGGGCCCUUCAGCAGCCGGGCGCGGUUUCCCGGGAAUGCGUUUCUCGCAGCACCGCGGGCCGCCCGGAACGGCCUGACGGAGCACCUCCCAGCGGCCCCAGCGCGGAGCCCUGGGCCCGGCGGCGGCCCGGUGGCGGCCCCAGCGUGGCGAUCUUAAGCCGUGGCGCGAACCCAGGAGCCCCACUCCGCGGUACCCUAGCCGCAUCCCCGGAGCUCCCGGUGGGGACCCUGGCGGGCCCCUGGCUAUCCCCCCCGGCCCCGAAGGGCCCAGCUGCCCAGAGAGGAGCUUCGACCUGGCUCGGGCGCCCAGGUGGCUCGGCUCCGCCCAGGUAGUCCUGCCAGGCAGACAUCUUAAUCCCGCUAAGAAGUGAGAGGUUAAAGCUCAGAAAGUUUGAGUAACCUGCCCACGGUCUCCACUGGAAGGCGACAGCAAUGAGGCGUCAGCUCCUGGCCUGCAUCAGCCGACACCCUUAGCACCCGCGUUUGUGACCAUCAGGCAGCGCUAGAGCAGCCUUGAGGGGGGUCACCUCCUGCAUCUGUGCUCCGCUGGCUGCGGCUGAGCCCAUGGUCUUGCCCUUCAGUGUGGAGGCAAUGCCAAAGCUGGAAGGCUUUGAGUUCUGGAGCCGCACCCUGGGGGGGGCCCGCCACGUGGUGGCCCCCAUGGUGGACCAGAGCGAGCUGGCCUGGAGGCUGCUGAGCCGCCGACACGGGGCCCAGCUGUGCUACACACCCAUGCUGCAUGCCCAGGUUUUUGUCCGUGAUGCCAACUACCGCAAGGAGAACCUGUACUGCGAUGUGUGCCCCGAGGACCGGCCUCUCAUUGUACAGUUUUGUGCCAAUGACCCAGAGGUGUUUGUCCAGGCGGCUCUUUUGGCUCAGGACUACUGUGAUGCCAUCGACCUGAAUUUGGGCUGCCCGCAGAUGAUUGCCAAACGAGGUCACUAUGGCGCCUUCCUGCAGGAGGAGUGGGACCUGCUCCAGAGAAUGAUUCUGCUAGCCCACGAGAAGCUUUCUGUUCCUGUCACAUGCAAGAUCCGCGUCUUCCCAGAGAUUGACAAGACCGUGAGAUAUGCCCAGAUGCUGGAAAAGGCUGGCUGCCAGCUGCUGACUGUCCACGGGCGCACCAAGGAGCAGAAGGGGCCCCUGUCAGGCACCGCGUCCUGGGAGCACAUCAAGGCCGUGCGGAAGGCGGUGGCCAUACCUGUGUUCGCCAACGGGAACAUCCAGUGCCUGCGGGACGUGGAGCGCUGCAUCCAGGACACGGGGGUGCAAGGGGUCAUGAGUGCAGAGGGAAACCUGCACAACCCUGCCCUGUUCGAGGGCCGCAGCCCUGCCGUGUGGGAGCUGGCCGAGGAGUACCUGGACAUUGUGCGGCAGCACCCCUGCCCCCUCUCCUACGUCCGGGCCCAUCUCUUUAAGCUGUGGCACCACACGCUGCAGGUGCAUCAGCAGCUUCGAGAGGAGCUCGCCAAAGUGAAGACCCUGGAGGGCAUUGCUGCAGUGAGCCAGGAGCUAAAACUGCGGUGUCAGGAGGAUAUAGCCAGGCAGAAGGAGGGAGAGAAGCCUUCAGGAGGCUUGCCUUUCUUCCACUGGAUCUGCCAGCCCUACUUCCGGCCAGGGCCCAAGGAGGAGAGCAAGGAGAAUGGGGGUGCCCGCAGCAAGCGGGCCCUGGAGGAGGAGGAGGGCACCACGGAUGUCUUAUCCAAGAACAAGCAGAAGAAGAAGCUGAGGAACCCCCACAAGACCUUUGACCCUUCGCUGAAGCCAAAAUAUGCAAAGUGUGAUCAGUGUGGAAACCCAAAGGGCAACAGGUGUGUGUUUAAUCUAUGCCGGGGCUGCUGCAAGAAGCGAGCUUUCAAGGAGACUGCCGACUGCCCAGGUCAUGGACUGCUUUUUAAAACCAAAUUGGAGAGGUCUCUGGCCUGGAAGGGUGCCCAGCCGCGGCUGCAGGAACCACAGCAGGCCGGGCCUGGAGAACCAGGUGGCUUCCCUGAGGUUGUGGGCAGUGCCCUGGCCUAAAAUGGGCAGCUACAGCCCCAUGUGCUACCCCCCAGGCCUGCUGCUGAAGCCUCAACUGAUGUCCCACUUAAGGAAACGCCUUUACUCAGGGAACCUCCUGCUACUUCACACGGAAGGACAAGCUGGUCUUCCCUUCGGCCCAUGCUGGGGGCCCGGAGAUGCUGUACUGAGGAGCAGGCUCCCAGGCUGGACCUGCCUUCCUCACAGCCCGCGUGUGUUCAAAAUGAACAAUAAACCAUUUCAAAGAUGGGAUGUUCCCAGGC